AUGGCCCCGAGUAAGAAAUCCAAGAAGCAGCGCGCUGCCAAGCGCUCAUCUAAGGCGCGUGACACGGCAUCUGUCGAUGAGCCUGCCGCUCAGUCGUCUGGCCAAGACCUUGCCGAGAACUCUUCUACAGAGAAGACUGCAACUAAGGUGGCUGUCUCAGACACUGAGGAGUCUGACAAUCAGGUGAACGCCCAAGAGGGAGGUUCAACUGAUGACAUGGUCGAGGAGACUCCCGCUGCUCAGGAAACAAAUCAAGGUCCUUCCGACGCGACGCGAACUGUCUUGCACCAUAGCAAUGCACCGGUUCCUACUGAGCUGCUGUCUAUUGUCGAGAAUGGAGGCACUCUCCAUCGCGCGGUCGUGGACAUCCCUAACCUACCAAUCGACCCAGAGGCUCGUCAGGCCGCUCUUGAGAAGCUCGCGAAGAGUGUGCACCAGUUCUCGAGCCUCGUCAAGUUCAUUGACGAGUCGGCAAUGAAGAAGCGAGAGCUACAGCGCCUUGCCAAGCUGGAGGAGGCUUCAAAGACCGAGUCCCCUCAAAGACGUGAGUUGAUGAAGCUCUACGCCACUCCCUGGCCCAAGGGCUUUAUGCAGUUCCUUGUCAAGGUCCUUCUUCUGGGCGUGGUAGUUCAAGAGACGUCGGCGACUGUGCUCGGCUCCAGCUUUGGCCUGAUCCUCCUAACAAACAUGGUGGCUGUCGGAUUCUUCAAUCAAAUUGUUUGCACUGCUACAGCAACGGUCGAUGCAAAGAGAGGUCUUGCCUUCAAUGAUGGAGUGGACAUCAGCGGCUUCAGUCACUCGGCCAUGAUCAACUGGGGCUACAACUGGUACUCGGACACCUGGCAGACAACCAACGCGAUUGAGUUCGGUCCAAUGCUUUGGGGAAUCAAGAUGGAACUUCCAAACGUGUUCUCGUCCAACGCCUGGAAAUGGGUCGACGGCGGUGACCAGCUCAGUGGUGUCAAGACCACCCACGUCCUCAGCUUCAACGAGCCCGACCACCCCGCCCAGGCAAACAUGGAUGUCGGAACCGCCAUCGCCUGGCACCAGUACUACUUUGAGCAGUUCAUCGGACGGGCUCUUAUCGGCUCCCCGGCCGUUACCAAUGGAGGAUACGACUGGCUCAAUACGUUCCUCUACAACUGCGACCUCCACGAAGGCUGUCAUGUGGACUUUGUUACCGUCCACUGGUACAACAAUGCCGCCUACGUCCAAGACUUCAAGAACUGGAUCGACCGGGUCUGCACGCUCGCGCAUCCUCGCAAGGUCUGGCUGACCGAGUUCCAGGGACUCGGCACCGAGGAGGAGAUGAUCUCCUUCCUCCGGGAGGUCCUGCCCUGGCUCGACGCCAACGAGUGCGUAGAGCGCUACGCGUACUUUGGCGUCACGGCCAACGACCACCACAUGCUGGUGGGCGCUGGCCCAGAGCUCAGUCUGAUCGGAGAGAUCUACGCCGGAUUCCGGAACUAG